AUGAAGAUCAAAAAUAUCUUCCAGAGCAAUUAUACCGAUGCUAACUGGCGGAAACCCCUUCCAAUUAUUGCCAGCCCGGUUGCAACAGAGGAAGACCGGUUAGAGGAAAAGCAUAAUGACGACCACGGUCAAGCAGAAGCUGGACAGACACCCGCUUCCAGCGAAAAUCCUGUCCUGAAAAAGAAUCGUCAACCGACUUCGAUGGAGUUACUAUUCGAUCUCUUCUUCGUCAGCGCCCUUGCAGCCUUUAAUGCUUCUCAUGAGCUGACCACAGCCGACAGCAUUUCUAAUGUCAUCACAGGCUUUAAGUCGUACAUUUCCUUCAUCACGGUUUUAUGGUUCUACUGGCUCCAAGCUACCAUCUUUGAUGUUCGGUUCUACACGGAUUCCCUUGUGGGGCGGGCCUUCAAACUUAUUCAUUUUGGACUCACGGCUGGAUUCGCGAUCACCGCUGUUAGGUUUGAUGUCAAUAAGUUAGGAGACGACAGUACUCAGUUUCGAAGCGUGUGUAUUCUUCUCACGGCUUCCCGAGUGGUUCUCAUUGCACAAUAUAUUCCUGUCGCCUGGUAUCUAAGGAGAUAUAAAUCAACGUUUAUGGCCAAACUUAUCGUGAUUGCAACUCUUUCCGUCUCUGCGAUCAUAUUUCUCGGUUUAGGAUUGGGUGCUAAAAAUAUCCAUUCAACGAGAACACAUGCUGUCUGCUUUUGGGAGAUUUUGAGUUUUAAGGGAACUCCGAUUAUAGACAGAUUCAUCGGCCUAACCUUGAUUGUUCUAGGAGAAGGGAUUGUUGGAAUGACGGACUCGCUUAAAAGCAUUGCAAUGGGGACGAAAGACAUUUCAGGAACAUCCCUUGGCCUGAUUUUGUCCCACAUCUUACUCAUUUGUUUUGUUUACGCGCUGUAUAUUGAUCAAAUCGAUGGGGAGCGCUUUGAAUACAUUCAACAACAGUUUUGGGUCUUGUUUCACUAUCCGCUGCAUAUGGCAAUUCUCGUCACAAGCAAAGGAAGUCGCUCCUGGAUACUGUACGAUGUUUCUAUACAUGUCUUAGAAGGCGCUAAGAACGCUGCUCUAUCAGGCCGUGGUGUAGCCAAAACAUCGGCAGAAGUUGUCGAUGUUUUAAAGAAAGUUGUUGAAGGUCUCUCUAAUCGGCUCGUUAAUGAUGAUGGGAGACCAGAUUUUGCCUCCCUCUAUGAUGAUCUAUUAUCUAUAAAGGAUCUUAGCAAGUCUAGGGACGAAUUGCGCGCUCUUACCAACCAAUUUUACUCAAGGGUAACCAUCUGGAUUUUCCACACUUUUUCUAUCCAGGUCAAAGAUGAAGCGCAAAGUAAGGAGAAAGCAGAAGGGGAUAAUGCUGCCUCCGCCGAGGUCACGAGAAUACUUGCCGCUUCGACUAUCGUCUUCAGGUUCUUCUUUAUUGCUGCAGGAAUAACCCUCGUUGUGCUCGCCUUGCAACACUGGCUUUCCAAGUCAAACAAAAGCCGCGCCGAAUUCUUGAGCAUUAUCAUCACUACUACCGCGGGAGUUUUCCUCUCAUUACUAUCGGUCAUGUCCUUAUAUGAUAGCCCUAAUAAAGAGUCCGCACUUGGGCAUUACAUUAAUAUAAGCUUCCCCUAUCCUAUGACCCUCUCCAAAGAUCUCAACGUGGCUAACAACCUCUAG